UAUCCCGCCGGGUUCUCGAGCAACCUGAUCACCGAAGGCAGUAUUUCCUGGACGAGGUAGGCGCACGCGUAUGGCGAUAUGUACCUACGGUAAGGGGGUUAUCGCCGCGUAAUGAAUGCAUGAGGUACCUAAUGGGUGAACGCAUUUUUAUGUGCGCACGUAUGUAACGGGCAAAUAUCGGGGACCUUGCUUAGGUAAGGUUGGCAGUGAAUCAAUCAUCCGGAUAUCUCACACACCCGUCCUCCUUCUCGACACGAAUUCUCGAUGAUGAGGUGUGCCCUGGUCCCCUUGCCGCGAAUUCGUCGUUGCGGCCAUCACGUGGCUUCGCCAUCUCGGGAUUAGGUACUUCGUGCCAUAUGUGCAGUAGGCAUGCGUGUGCCAAAAGUGCCGAUGCGCGUCAUCCGGCGUUAGGCUCUCCGCCAGCGAAUGCAGGGGGGGAGGGAAAGGGGGGAUUGGUGCGUUCCCGGGACCGGAAUCGGAAUCGGGAUCCGGUGCCGUGGUAUGUGGUGCUGGGAAAUGCCCGAAGGCCGUUGCAGCGGCUGCCAAGUAAGGAGGAAGAGACGAGAAGGCCUGGGCAGCAAGCGAUAUGAAAUUUAUGUACGACGGCCGUCGGGGCGGAUUGAAAAAUGCUCGUUGGGGAACGUUGUCAUCUCGUUCGCCCCGAUAGCUCGGUCAUCUCCUAGGCAAGCGUUUUUGGGAAUAUUAGAUGCAACCCAGUACGGAUCCUUCUUCCUUCUCGCGUUCCCCUUCCACUUAGGGGACGCUAUUUUGCCGAAAACGAGGGGGGUCAGCUGCGUCUUGGACAGCCUCAGCCGGGGUUCGUCCAUCGCAGGGGUUGGGCCGCUUGGGUUUCUCGAGUUUGAGCACUUCACCAUUUUGUCUCCUAUCUGGUCUGCUCGGUGUAUCCUAUCAUACAUAUACAAGGAUACAUACAAGUCCACCACCCUCCCAACUGUAGGCGCGCCUCCGCCGUGGCCAAAACUUCGUCGGCUCGUUUCAAGCUCCCCCUCCUUCUCCCACUUGAGAAAUAGUACUACCAAUAUAGCUGUGAGAUAUGUGUAUAGAGACGGAGAAAAAAAGCGAGACGUCUGAAAAAAAAAAACAAAGACGUCCAAGGUAUCCGUCGAUCGUAACUUUAAGGGACUGGGUGUCGUGUCAUAUCGAGAAUGAUUGUAAAAAAGCCAGGCCGAUGCAGAUAUGUGACUCCAAUCCCCCCAUCCUUCUUUCUCCUCCCCUCCCACCUUCUCUCUCUCUCUCUCUCUCUCUCUCUCUCUCUCUCUCUCUCUCUCUCAGGCA